UUGAUUAAUCUUGCGGGGAGAAAGUAGAAUCAGACCAUUUUGAUUACGUAUCAUAAAAUGAUAAGGCUCAAUCGAAUUCGGAUGGGGUCUGACCGUUUUUCAUCUGCCUCCAUCCAUGAGCAACACAUCAAGCUGCCGAUUCCCAACCCAACAAAACACACUAAACUAAACUACCCUACAAUUCAAGCUGUCUCACUCAAACCCAAUCUACUCAUCAUUCCUCAGACCAGGCUCAGUCUUCAUUGGCUCACAGUCAUCGGUCGAAUACCACCACCACCAACAACAACAACCACAACCACAACAGCGAUAUCCGUUCGUCGAAGGAGAACUAUUCCUAGAGUAUGGCUUCGAAUCGGAUGACCAUCAACAGUUGAUCACCAACCCUCCCGAAUGGACUGUCAGAGUCACUGUCACCCACUCGGACCAUCGAACCGGGAAACUAUCGGGGAUGAUGCAAGCCGACGGCCUCUUCAAUAACUCCCUCAAGAUCAAGCCAGACCCCCCAUCACCCCAUCUCAGAUCACACUCCGAACACCAAACCGAUAGGCCCACCAGUACCACUACCAGUAUGAUCAUCACCGCCUGGGAGGGCGAAACUAUCGACCUCAAGAAAUCAUCCAAAGAGCUCUGGACGAACGAGAUCGAGGACGAAGGCCGACAUAAGCCACUCAUGCCUUCCAUCCGAUCAUCCCUCUUCCAUCCUGCUCCCUCCAGGCAUCUCCUCCAACAGAUCAGCACCUUCGGCUCCAUCUCCCACGCUAAUGACCUGCGCUACUGGUCCAAGACAAAGGCCUUCCUCGGCCUCAACCCCGACUCUAUCCUCGACAAACUCGACAACGAUCCCGGCUUCAUUCACGCACUCGACUCGCGCUUCAUCCUGAUGAGAUGGAAAGAGACUAAUUUCGUCAACUGCGAACCCACUCAAUCGGGCCUUUCGAUCCAAGGCUUCUACUACGUCUGUCUCGAGAAACUCACCGGAUCAGUCGAAGCCUAUUACUAUGAUCCAGCCUCUCUGCCUUACCAGAAGCUUCAAUUGAAACCGAUAGGAACCAAUGGAUUCGGGUUCGGAUCCAUGAAGCUUAUGUAACCUCUUGCCCAUUCAUUCUUCUCCUUAUAAUCACUCUCAACACUUAUAUCCUGGUCUCUCUCUCUCUCGAUCUCUACUUGUUUGUCAAAUCAGUGCGCUGAUUGCUGCUCCCCACCAACUCGAAUUUAAUUCCACUCUUUUUUUUCUUUUUUCUGGCGCUCCCUCUCUUGUUUGAUUUCCCAGAUUUUUGUAUGUGUGUGUGUGCUUUUACUAUCUGCUAUCAUUAUUAUUUUGCACCUUUUUCAUUUCUCUGCUUUCUUGUGAUCAAAGACAUGUGAUGGGUGAUGAUGAUCAUCGUUAUCAUCAGACCAACCGAUCACCUAAAACAUCUCCCACAAACAACCAAUCGAUUGUUUGUCUGCACAUACUAAAUGAUCUUAUUCAUGUACUUUUCUUUUCUUUCCUAAUUGCUAACUUGUCAAAAAAACCAACUCAACCCAUUGAUUGAUUUUUUUUCCCUUCUUCUCAAAAGUGAUUGUACUGAUUGUUUAAUAGAGAGAUAAACUAGUGCUUAAAAUGAG